AUGGAAGUAGCGAUCAGGAGCGAAGAGGAGGGGCAGAGGGAAGAGAAUGAAGUGCGAAUUACGACUUCCGGCAAGGUUCACAACUAUUUGCGGUAUGCAACAACGCUGUUGAAUGAGAAGAAGAUCAAUACGAUCAAGCUAUCAGCUGCUGGAAGCGCCAUCAAUAAGUGCAUCUCUGUUGUCGAGAUCCUCAAGCGCCAAGUCCCACAGCUCCAUCAAUGGAACUUGGUCCCCAGCAACAAGAACGGACUGUAUGGAACAAGCAGCAGGCAUGUCUCUUGUCUCUCCGUCGUUCUUUCCAGAUCCUCAAACAUUUACCCGCAAACCGACGAGCACGGCUAUCAGGCUCCCCAGAGCCAGUAG